AUGUAUCAUUCGAAUAAGAAGAAGAGUAAUAAAACAAAGACGAGACAUAUCCAUAUGAUUAGAAAGAACUUUUAUGAAUUAAAUUGUGAACAGAAUGAUAGAAGGAAUAGACAUAUAAACUAUACAUAUUAUAUAAAUAUGGAAACUACUAUAUUUGAAAUGUUAUUAGAUAAUAAUAUUGAAUCUUUUAAGAAUGCAGGGAAAUUAUUAUUUAUAAUAUUAUCUGGUAUAUCUCCUUCUACAUUAUAUUUUAAAAGAAUAUUAAACUUAAUACAUUUUUUUUUUCAUAAAGGUGGAAAACGUUUUUAUCAUAGUAAUAUACAUUUUGAUAUCAUAUUAUUUCUGAACAAUUAUAUGAAAUCACAUAGUAUUAGUUGUUCAAUAUAUAUUUAUAAUUUAUUGUUAUGUAAUAAUAAUUAUAAAGAUUUUGAAAAUUAUAAAGAUAUAUAUAUACCUAAACAUUUAAUAGCAUCAUUUAUGGAUCAUUUUUAUUUUGUCAUUAAGGAUUUUUUAUUAAUUAUAAGAAAAUUUUUAAUUAAUUAUGAACAAGGAAAUAUAUCUAAUGAAAUAAAUUUGGAGGGGGAUUAUGAAGAAAAUGUUUAUGAUAGCAUAUAUGGUGUUACAUCAAAUAAUAAUAAUAAUAAUGAAGAUAAUUAUGAAGAUAAUAAUGAAGAUAAUUAUGAUAAUAAUAAUAAUAAUAUGAAUUUUAUAAAUGAUGACAAUAUGUACCAUCAUAUGAACGAUAUAAAUAUGAACAAUUUUAAUAAUAUGUCAAACCCUCAUGAUAAUGAUAAUGAUAAUCCUUAUUCACAUAAUAAUUAUGAAAAUUUUGCUAGUAACAAUUCUAUUUUAUAUAACAACCAUUAUGAUGAUAACACAUUUAAUAAAUUCAAUAAAAAAGGAAUGAAGAAAAUACAAAAUAAAAAUUUCGAUGAAAAAAUCAUGUGGUUUAAAGAAACCAGCGAAGAUAUGAUAAAAAACUUUUGUAAUAUAUUAUUUAAAAAUACAUUCCCUAAAAAUUUUGAAAAAAAAUUAAAAUAUUUAAUUUCUCAAUGUACAAGAAUAAAUAGAGCACUACAUAGUAUCUAUUUAGAUAUUUUCAUUUUAUGUAAUUUAAAAAAUGUAAUUAAAGUCUUAGUACUUAUAGACCAAUUAUUUUGUUCCCUGUUUCCUUAUUUUUAUUUUUAUGAACUCAAGUUGAAAAUCUUAUUGUUUUUUAUACAUAAAAAUGAUAAUCAAAAGGAAAGCAAAAAAAAAAUUAAAAAAAAAAAAAAUAAUGAUAAGCAAGUCGCAAAAUUGAUGUAUCCAUAUGUGCAUAAUAAUAAAGAUUAUGUUGAUAAAGAUUGUGUUAAUGAAGAUUAUGUUGAUAAAGAUUAUGUUGAUGAAGAUUAUGUUGAUGAAGAUUAUGUUGAUAAAGAUUAUGUGGAUAAAGAUUAUGUUGAUAAAGAUUAUGUUAAUGAAGAUUAUAUUGAUAAAGAUUAUGUUAAUGAAGAUUAUGUUAAUGAAGAUUAUGUUAAUGAAGAUUAUGUUGAUAAUAAUUAUGUUACACACUUGUUAGAUCAUAACCUUGAUAUUACAUCAAAUUCUGCUUAUGAUUCUUCCAGAUAUAAUCGACCUGUCCAUCAUAUAAAUAAUGAAGAUAUUGAUAUAUCAUCAAAUAUAAUAAAAAAUAAUAACAAAAUGAAUAUAUCAAAUGAUUCAUUUAUAAAUUAUUCCAAUGAACAAGUGAAUGAUGAAUUCGAUUGUCUUUAUAGUAGCGCGUCUAAUGAAAGUAUUAUUCCACUUCUUACGGAACAAGUAAAAAAUCAAAAGGAAGAAGAGGAAGAUGAUAAAAAUGUUUAUCUAGAUAAAUUUAUGAAUUUAUAUAUUAAUUGUACAGAAAAAAUUGCGACUAGUGUUCCAUCUAUUAGUGACCUAUACGAUAAUAAAGCUCUUAAAAAUUUAACAUAUAAAAUGAGUAAUAAAAGGAAAAUUAUUGAUGAUCAAUUUAUUUUAGACUAUAUAAAAAAUUCUCAAAAUAAUAAUGAAAGAAAUAUUCAUAUUGAACAAGAUGAUAAAGGAAUUAUUAUAAAAAGGAAAGAUAUAUCUAUUGAUAAUAUAAGUGUUGAUGAAAAAAAGGAUGAUAUUAUUAUUACUAAAGAGAAACAACAUAAAAAAUAUUAUAAUCAACAUGUUAAUGAUCCAUUACAAAAUCCUGAACAUAAUCCAUUAUGUAGAAAAAACAAAAAACAAAAAACAAACACAAGUUCUUAUCCAAGUGGUGUAAUUCCUACUAUAAAUAAUAUUUAUGAAAAUACAUAUCAUGAUAUAAAAUAUAAUUUAAAACUAAUUGUAAAUAUAUCUAAAUGUUUAAUGUUCGCAUCUUAUUAUGAUCCAAUAUAUAUCAAACUUUUCUAUUCUUACUUAUUACCUUGUAUUUCAUUUGAUAAAAGAAUAGAAAUUUUUUUGAUUUAUUCUUAUUCAAGUUAUAAAAUUUUUAAACCUUUGAUAUUCUUAAUAUAUUAUAAUAAUAAUAGUCCUUUGUAUAUUCUAAAUGUUUUUGUUAAAAUUUUUAAAAGAGAUAAUAUCAUUUUUCAAAAAUUUAAAUAUUCUUAUUUUAAUGGAAUACAUCUUAAAAACGUGCCCAAGAAAUACUUCAUCUUUCUUUUACUUCUCUCUCCUUUUUUUUAUGACGAUAAAGUGGAAUGUCUCCUGUAUAUUUAUAACCUCUUUUACAAUUAUGAUAGAGAUGUUAUAAAUGAUCAAGAGAAAGACAUAAACUACAAACAUAUAUACCAAGAUGUAGUGUUACAUAAUGAUGAGGAAUACGAUGAAGAGAAAAGAAAUAUAAACAUUAUCAUAAUAAAAUUUAUUGAAAUAUUUAAAGAAAAAUUCAAUGUAGAUCUAUAUAAUUAUUUCGAUUUUUAUAGAAUAUAUUUUAUAUUAUUUGUGUCGUGUGUAGAUAUGAAAUAG